CUGGGGCGGGCGUGGCCAGGCUCGUCUCCAGCGGUGCGACUCAUCUGCGCAGCCUCACUGCCUCCAGUUCUCGGCGGAGCUUUGGACGGUUUGGGUCUGCAUCGUUUCGCGUUCACCCGUACGGUUCUCAUCGGUGAUCCUGUGGGCUACCUGCGAUUAACCUAUACAGCGACUGUCACUGCGAGGAUUAAUUCUCCCUGCCGAGCCUGGGCCAGCAGCUUUUCCCAAAUGUAGCUGCGCGCCGACGGCCCGAGGCAGCCGAAGGGUCUUCUCCACCCACCUCCGCGGAGCGUUGACACCGGCCAGGGACAGCCGACUGCCGCUCAGCUCACAGCUCUGCUGGAGGGAAAGCAGGCAAAUAUCCUGCGGGAGGAGGAAAACGUCCAGAGACGGCGCAGCAGUAGCGCCCAACCGUUCCUGAGUGGCCUCCCGGUGAUGCAGCACCGUCUGUGACGUGCCGUGCGGGGAGGCCAUGCUGCCGGGGGUGGGUGUGUUCGGGACGGGCAGCACAGCGCGGGUGCUGGUGCCGCUGCUGCAGGCAGAAGGCUUUGUGGUGCCGGCCGUGUGGGGCCGCACAGAGGAAGAGGCCCGGGCUCUGGCACGCGAGCUGGGGAUCCCCUUCUAUACGAGCCGCACAGACGACGUGCUGCUGCACCCCGACGUCGACCUCGUCUGCAUCAACAUCCCUCCACCCCUGACGCGCCAGAUCGCCGUCAAGGCCCUCGGAAUCGGUAAGAACGUGAUCUGUGAGAAGGCAGCCACAUCGGCAGACGCCUUCAAGAUGGUGACGGCAUCGCGGUACUACCCUCAGCUCAUGAGCCUGAUGGGCGGCGUGCUGCGCUUCCUACCAGCCUUCGCUCGCAUGCGCCACCUGCUGGCCGAAGGCUACGUGGGCGAGCUACAGGUGUGCGACGCGCGCGUCUACUGGGGUAGUCUGCUGAGCGACACCUAUGGCUGGACAUGCGACGAGCUGAUGGGCGGCGGCGGCCUGCACUCCAUGGGCUCACACCUGGUCGACCUGCUGAGCCACCUGAUAGGCCGGCGAGCCGAGCGCGUCCAUGGACUGCUGCGCACCUUCGUGGGCCAGAACGGCGCCAUCCGUGGCAUCCGCCGCGUCACCAGCGACGACUUCUGCUUCUUCCAGAUGCUGAUGGGUGGGACAGGGGGCGGGGCAGGGGGCGGGGUCUGCUGCACUGUCACACUCAAUUUCAACAUGCCGGGCGCCUUCGUGCAUGAGGUCAUGGUAGUGGGCUCGGCUGGCAGGCUGGUGGUCCGCGGCAGCGACCUGUAUGGCCAGCGCAAUGGCACCUCUCAGGAGGAGCUGCUGCUCAUGGACACGUCCGACUCCGACCCGGGGGAGGCAACACGGGAGAUCCCUGCCCCCUACCUGAAGGGGAUGGCCUGCAUGGUGCAAGCCCUGCGGCUCUCCUUCCAGGACCAGGAGGAUCGGCGGACCUGGGACCUGCGGCCCGUGGCGGCAGCGGCCUCCUUCGAGGACGGCCUGUAUGUGCAGACCGUGGUGGAUGCCAUCAAGCGGUCGAGCCGCACGGGUGAGUGGGAACGCGUGGAGGUGAUGACGGAGGAACCCGACGCCAACCAUAAUCUGUGUGAGUUGCUGCAGAGGAAUAAUCCAUGAGGGGUGGGUUCAUGUGGGCUCCCCCAGCUGGACGUGGGUUCCCCCGGCCCAGGUGCGGACUUGAGGCUCUGCUAAAACCACACCCGGCCGCCUCGUGCGACGGCACCUACGGUUAUGUUCUGCUCUGCUUGCUUGGAUAUCCUGCAGGUCAACAAAAAACCUCCCCGGAGACCGAGGGGUGGAGAUUGGGGGGCGGUGCCGACGAGUCAUGAACUGGGAGUGGUAGAUCCUCAGACGCGUCCAUUGUCCUCUAAGGGUGGGUCAUCUGGAAAGAUCCCCUGGGGAGUCCGCGGGGUUUAUCUGGAUCAGUGCAGUGCAUGUGUUUAGUUUCUGGCUCUCUUUAAGGGAAGCAGGGUUGAUGUUUUUCAUCUAUGAGCUUAUGUUACCAUGCGGACGUGGUGUUUUAUUACCCUACUGUCUGUGCAGACCCCUCCCCCUAGGCCUGACCCUAAUCCCCAUUGCCAAUUCGGGUGCGAGCAUCAGGGGCCCUCUGAGAGCUCGUCCAUGCUCUCCCACAGUACCUUCUUUGUGACAUCACUGGGUUCCUUCAAAAACACUUUAGUGUUCCACUGUUAGACGAUACAUAAUUGGACGAUUUUAGGAUUGUGAAUUUGUUUUUUCUAUUAAACAAAAUUGAAAUGUCAACCUGACUGCUAAUUCUAUAAAAUGCUUUCAGCUGAAGCAGAAUCUCAGCGUCAUCUGAUUGCAGCCAUAGCUGAUACAGCUUGUCACAUCACUGAAACUACAUCUGUUUAUUUAUAUAAGCAAAUUAAGCUCCUGCCUUCCUCGCUGCAGUUUAGGAUGCUGCUAAGUGGAGGCAUAGGUCUUUGCCUCAAAGGUCUCCUGAAAUGUCGCAGUCUUGUCAGAAACAUUUCACGGUGAGUUACAGUGUAGUGAACUGUACAAGUGUAAAGCGGAGCAGAGUGAAUAGAGUAAAAUUAAAAUCUCCAAGGAGAUCUUGCUUAAAUAUUACUGUGCCCAGCGAUGCGUUCGGACUAGAUAGAACAAUCUCCCGCCUGUAAUGUGGAAGGUGUUCACAAUACCAACGACAGAUAACCCUUGCAUACUGUGUGGUAAGUAGGAUAAUAUUGCAUGUUAAAUAAUUAACAUUCCAUUAUUAAGACUUGGAGCUUACCCUUUUUAGGUUCACAAAUUGCCUAACAUACUAAAUGAAAAGUACGCUGGAAGAAAGCAGAGGUGCUUGUUGUCAUCAUAAGCUACAUGUUGGUCUUGUUAUAUUUUUGAAUAUUUUGUCUGAGGGACCCGGGUAGUUAGAUGAGGUUUUCUCUGUGUUCUUGGCGCUUUUAAUUUCACUGUUUUCUUGAUUAUCAUUCCUUCAGCAAGCCAUUCCUUGAUGUAUCGUGAAUGUACAGCGGUCAGAUGCAUUGCCGACCCGGGUCCGAGGGGGGUAUUUGCCCACGCUCUCUGUGCUUGAGUGCAUAAAGUGUCUAAAGUAUAUAAACUGGUAGUCGUUCUGAAACACUGUAUUUAUAUAUUUUUUUUUUCCUCAUAAUUCCUGCUGUCUGCUCUGUUUACUAAGUUUGUUUAGUGCUAGAGCAAGAAAAUCUGAGUGUUGAUUUGAUAUUUAUUUGUGCCUAAUAUGGUUAAUUUUAAGUGUUUUUAAGUUGUUUUCAUACAAAAAAAACUUUGAAUGCAAUUUUGCUUCAAUAAAUAUCCCCAGUUUGAGUUA